CCAUGAUCCAUAAAUUUGUAAUAAAGCUUUAAAAAAAAAUACACCUCACUCUCAGGCUUCCGUAUCUGUUUCUUUCAGAAUCUUGGGAAAGAGUUUAAGCAAGAAUCAACCGUCUUCCUUUCUCUUUUCUUUUCUUCUCUUCUCCUAAACCCUCGCAACGCUGCGUUCCGUCAUCGCAAAAGGUGUUGAGUAGUUAGGGUUUGAGGGUGAAAAAGAAAGGACAUGGCAUCUUCAGAUGACGAGGGAGAGUCUCAGCCACUAUCUGUGUCAAAUUACUAUUUUGAAGAUUACAAAGAUGUGCCGGUGUGUUUUUCCGUGUUACCAAUUGUGUGGAGUGAGUCAGAGAGUCCAGUUAGCAAGAAAGUACAGGUGUUUUUGCGUGGUUUUGCAGAUAAUGGGCUGCAGAAGAUUUUCAUGCAAGUUGUUGCGUGGAGGUUUGAUCUUUCCUAUGUGAGGCCUGAGAUAUCGGUCUUGUCAAAGGAUGGGAGAUGGAUUAAACUCGAGAAGCCUAGGAAAAGCUACGAGGAAACAAUAAGAUCUAUUUUGAUCACCAUUCACUUCAUGGGUUAUGUGAAGAGGAAUCCUGACUCAUCUGCCAAGUCUGCGUGGGAUAGCUUGAGUAAGAAUAAGGAGUUUAGAUCUUAUGAAGUUAUGCCUUCGCAAAAUGAUAUAUUAAAUCAUAUGACUUUAAUGGGUGAAGCUGCCAAAAGAGAUGCUGGCUUAGCAAAGUCCAAGCUUUUCCUCAUGGUUCGGGAAGAUAAACAUAAGCUGAAGAUUAAGAAACUUUCUGAUGAGGAAGUUAAAGAUUUAGCACGACCUGGAUUUAUAACUGACGAUACUGACAAUGAUUUGAUUGAUGAAAUUGAUGAUGAUUCAGAUGGGGAGGAUGGGUUGUUUGAUUCUGUUUGUGCGAUUUGUGACAAUGGUGGCGAACUUUUGUGUUGUGAUGGAAAGUGCAUGAGGUCAUUUCAUGCUAAUGAGGAGGAUGGUGAAGAAUCUGCUUGUGCCUCUCUUGGUUUUAGCCAGAAGCAAGUUGAUGAUAUCCAGAACUUCUACUGUAAGAAUUGUGAAUAUAAUCAACAUCAGUGCUUUGCAUGUGGUACUCUAGGCUGCUCUGAUAAAUUUUCUGGUGCUGAGGUCUUCAAAUGUGCGUCUGCAACCUGUGGUUUCUUUUAUCAUCCACAAUGUGUUGCAAAGUUACUUCACCGGGUAGUUGAGGAGGCUCCAGAUCCGAAGGAACUUGAGAGAAAUAUUGCUGAAGGAGGAGCUUUUACUUGUCCUACUCAUUACUGUUGUGUCUGUAAAGGAAUGGAAGACAAAAACGAACAUGAUUUUCACUUUGCUGUUUGUAGGCGUUGCCCCAAGUCCUACCAUCGCAAAUGCUUGCCAAGGAAGAUUGCAUUUGAUGACAUAGAGGAUGAAGAUAUUGUAACAAGGGCUUGGGAAGACCUUCUACCCAACAAUCGCAUUCUUAUAUAUUGUUUAAAACAUGAGAUUGAUGAUGAAUUUGGGACUCCUCUAAGGGAUCAUAUAAAGUUUCCCAAUGUAAAAGCUUCUGUUCGAGAAGUUAAUGAUGAGGACAAUGAAAAGCCUGCAAACAAAGAGAGGGUUAUAUUGGACAAGAACAGCACUGUCUCUGAAAGUUUAAUUGACAAAAAGGCUGCUUUGAAAUUUUCUAAUAAACUGUCUGGUAAAGUGUCUUCUGGAAAAGUGGUUGACAAGAAGUCUGAAAAGAUUUCUGGAUCAAAUAUCUCAAGGAAGAAAACAAAUGAGGCAUCAAGAAGGGGUUUGAAUGAAAGUAAGAGGCCAUUAGUCCCAAAGGAAACCAGAAAGUCUGAGGGUGCAGAAAAUAAGUCCUCAUUGGGUGCAAAAUUAUUUGCCUUUUGGCAAAAUGGUUCUGAGCAAAUUAAUUCUGGUAAUAAGGUUAAUAAUGUAGCUAAUAAUUCCCGGCAUGUUAAGCCUACUAAAAAGCUGAGUAGUGCGUUACCCUCAUUAGAUGAAGAUGCAGAGAGGAGAUUGGUGGCUAUGUUUAAAGAAGCUACUUCAUCAGUUACUUUGGAGGAUGUUGUAAAAGAGCACAAUUUUGUUAGUACUCAUACCCACUCAUUGAAAAAUGUUGUGGAGAAAACCAUUACGUUGGGGAAAUUGGAAGGCUCAGUUGAGGCUGUUCGAACAGCUCUAAGGAUGCUAGAGGGUGGGCACAAUGUUCGGGAUGCUGCAGCUGUUUGUGGUCCUGAUGUUCUUAACCAAAUAUUUAAGUGGAAGGAUAAGCUGAAAGUAUAUCUUGCACCUGUUCUAUAUGGUAAUCGGUACACAUCGUUUGGCCGCCAUUUUACACAAGUUGAAAAGCUGGAAGGGGUAUUCUUACUAUACUUUUUCUAUUAUUAUUAUUAUUAUUUUAUUUAUUCUGUUAAAUUCUUUUACCUAUUUAACUAUAUAUAUGUGUGUGUGUGUGGGUAUGUAUAGAGGGUCAAAUAAGUUUUUGGUUCUUUCAGAACUGUGUUGUAUUGAAAUUGGUACAUCCAAUUUUUUUCAGUAUUUUUGAUACACAGCAUUUAGUAAAUUUGCUAAUUUGUUCUUGAUAUUUUGGAUUAAGAGUGUUGACAUGUUAAUUUUGACAGUGUCACGUGAUAGUACAUCUACGAAUAUUUUACUAGGAUGAUUACAUGUCAACACCUAUUAAAAUGUAAUAAAGUUACUCUUAGACCAAAUUAGCUUAUUUAUUAAAUGUUGAGUAUCAUAAACAUUGAAAAAGUUGAGGUACCAAUUUCAACAAGGGUCAAUUUUUGGAGAAACAAAAAACUUAUUUAACCCCUAAAAUUUAUAUUGUAUCUUUUUAAACGUCUUAAUGUGUUGCUGCAUUGUAAUGGCAUAAAAGCUUGCUUUAUCAUCCUUCUUUUUCUUUAGAGAGUAUAACAGGUCUAGUUAAGGACAGACUUUGAUGUGUUACAGAUUUCUAGGUGAGGCUGAUAUCGCAAAAUAAUGGAAUUAGUUAAGCUGAUGUCAUAUUUAGGUAAAACAGAUUAAUGAUAAUUUGAUGCUUGUGAAUUUGGUUAUGAUUGUGGCUUAAAUGUGGUAAAUAGCUUAACAAAGAAACAUCUAUAAUGGUAGCUUACAAUUUUAGUUCAACCACAUCUGCUGGUUUUUGGUCAUAUUAGUUGGGUUUAAUGUCUUGAAUGGUGAUAUGAUAAAUAAUUACAUAUAUGGUCUUAUGGAGGGGCUUGAGGAAAGGAGGGUUGGGGUCAGGUAUGGACCAUUUAUAUAUAGCAAACAUUUCAAUACCACCUUAAAUCUAUUGUUAAAGAAUGAUUUCAUUUAAAAGUCUACAUGGUCCACUUAAAAGCCUGUGUUUGGGACUUGAAGUAAAGGUGAACUGCUCACAUCACUUUCCCAUAAAGUGUUAGACGAGGUUGGUAAGGGCCACGCUAAUGUCAUGAGUUUAGAAGUGACAUUGCACAAGCAUGCUAUUUUUCUACUGCAUUUCUAGUCAAUUGCAAACAUAACUGUUUGGUUCUGAAAUUGUAGUGGAAUCUUGGAGCUCAAUCCCAGAAUUGUUUGAUUGGAGCAGCUAUAGCAUAAUUAAAUAAGUUUUUGAUAUCUCCAAAAUAUUCAGUGUUUUUGAUAUCCAACAUUUAAUAAAUAUGUUAAUUUGGUCAUGAUAGUUAUUCUGGUAGUUUGAAUUAACUAUAUUGACAUACCAAUCUUGAAUGUCACAUGUUAGCGUAAUUGCAAAUAUCUUACUAAAAUUAUUACAUGUUAAAUACCAAAUUCCAGAGUUAGUACCGAUUAAAGAGUAGUAAAGUUACAAGGAGAACCAAAUUAGCAUAUUUAUUAAGUGUUGAGUAUAAAAGUCACUGAAAAUAUUUUGAAGCUACCAAACCAAAAACUU